GCGCGCUCAGAGCUCGCGCCUGGCAGAAGCGCGCGCGCGGCCGAGGCGGCAAGUUGCUUGCUUGUGUAUCGUGUGACAGCUGCGCGGUGUGUACAAAUAUUGUGUGAAACUGAUCGUGUUUGUGUGGACUAUUGUUAGUGGGGAAUCGAAUUGAUUUUAAUAUCAGAUAGAUUAUAUUCAGUGGUCCUUGUGCAACUACGCCAUGGCUGGAAAGAACUUUUGACAGCGCCAUGUCCAGAUUAAAAAGUAUAAUAUGUCAAAGAAAAAUUCAAAAUUAAAGUUGUAUUAAAUAGUGAAGUGAAAGUGAAGUGCCUAACAAUGGCCGAUUUAUCGUUCGAUAUUUAUGAAAACAUUACAAAUAUGGACCAAAACAUUACGCAUUAUCCGCUCGAGGCCACGGUGCUGGCUGCAGCGUGUGCCUGCAUAUUUAGUGUCGUCGGAGUCGUCGGUAAACUAGAAGACGGAUCACCUGAUGCUGAUGGUAACCUAGUAACGACGGUGGCGCUGCUGAUGCAUCCGAAGUUACGAGGCCAUGUGACCACGAUGUUCGUCCUCUCACUCUGCGUGUCGGACCUCCUCUUCUGUUCCAUCAACCUGCCGCUCACCGCCAACCGAUACAUCAAGCAGAACUGGAGUCUAGGACCCAGUCUCUGUCAGAUGUUCGCCUUCGUCUUCUACGGGAACGAGGCUGUGUCCCUCCUCUCCAUGGUCGCUAUUACUAUAAAUAGAUACACUUUGAUCGCGUACUACGACAUGUACUCGCAGAUAUACACGAGUACAAAGAUCUGGGUACAGCUGCUGCUCAUAUGGCUGGUGUCUUUUGGAUUGAUGGUACCGCCCCUCCUCGGCGUUUGGGGUCAACUAGGGCUGGACCCCAGCACGUUCUCGUGCACGAUCCUCCCCAAAGACGGCAAGUCCCCGAAGAAGUAUCUGUUCGUGUUUGGGUUCGCGCUCCCGUGCGUCGUGAUCAUCGUGUCAUACUCAUGCAUCUACUGGCGGGUGCGGCAGAGCAAGCGGAAGCUGGAGGGACGCAGCAAACUGUCCGGUCAAACUGCCAAAGAGAAAGAAGAGGACUCUCGUCUGACUACGCUGAUGCUGACCAUCUUCCUGUGCUUCCUGGCGUGCUUCCUGCCGCUGAUGAUCAUGAACGUAGCGGACGACGGCAUCACCUACCCCUGGCUGCACAUCAUCGCGUCGAUCCUCGCCUGGGCUUCCAGUGUCAUCAACCCACUCAUCUACGCAGCCACUAACAGACAGUACCGCGCAGCUUACGCUAAUUUACUAAAAUUUUGCAAGAACAGCACCGGCAACAGGCGGACUACUUGGGGCAGCAGGACAAUGGCCAACUCCUCCAACUCACCACAUUACGCAGACAAGAGAAACCACAUGAAGGAUAAACCCGCCAACUUAUGAAUUCACCAAUGUCAUCUGCCGGCCGCUGGCGGAAACUGCGCUUUAGAUUUCAAAUCGACAUGUCAAUGUUGCCCAGUAAAAAAUCGAAAAAUCGUUGUAAAUCCAUUUACAUCCAGAAUACUUAUAUUGUUGUAUUUUUAUCAGUUUUUCUAUUAUGAAUGGGAACUUUGUAUCUAAUUUCCUGUACGUUUUAAGGGUUCAAUAAUUUAAGCAGCGACAUUUAUUUGCAUUAAUUGUCCGCUAGGUUUCGUUAACCCGAUUCUGCAUUUACAUUUUUUAUGAAUCUCAUUAACAGUGCGCCUCCAUACUAGUUCAUUAUAAUUAAAAUAAAGCUGUUCACCUUACCGGAUCUUCAUACCAAAUUAUAAACACAAAAUUACUAAAUAAUAUGUAAUUGGGAAAUACACAAAUCCGCAGACGACACUUUAAAAAUAUUUUUGUAAAUAUUAAUUAUAAAUAAUUGUAUAUAUUAUCAACCAAUGGCGACUACUAUUUACUAGCUUGUAAUGAUGCUUACCAUUUAACUUAACCAAAGUAAAAUAUUACCUUGAUUAUAAUAUAAUGUUUUGUACGAUAAGAGAAUAGAUAUAAAUAAUAUUAUAUAAUAAUAAGAAUGCAUUCCUUUAGGUUUAAACUUAUGUUUAAUUUUGUACGUUCAGUUCUGUAAGAUUGGGUCCAGGCGCUAAAUGUUUGAUUGUAAUUUGGUUUGUCUGCAUCCGCCUCAAGAUAUGACAUUUAUUUGAUGCGAUCAUUCAUUUAUUUUAACAAAUGUUACUAGGUGCCAAGGUGCUUAUUA